AUAAGCUGAAAUUAAUUUUAGAAAUUGGAGCAAAAAGAAGAAGAAGAGAAAGUUAGGAUUGUGACGCUGGUGGUGUGAGUGGCGAGCACGGCGGAAGGACUCUGUGAUUGUGAAACAUGGCAUCAAAAUUGGUACAACUUCAGUCAAAGGCAUGUCAGGCUACAAAGUUUGUGACCAGGCAUGGGAGUUCCUACUACAAGCAAUUGUUGGAGCAGAACAAGCAAUUCAUUCAAGAGCCUGCUUCUAUUGAGAAGUGCAACGAAUUGUCUAAGCAAUUGCUCUACACUCGUCUUGCUAGCAUUCCAGGGCGCUAUGAAACAUUUUGGAAAGAAGUAGACUACGCAAAGAACUUAAUGAAGAACAGAGCGAAUCUGAAGGUGGAAGAUGUAGGGAUCGGUGCAUUGUUUGGCUUAGAAUGCUUUGCUUGGUUUUGCGCGGGUGAAAUCGUCGGCAGAGGAUUCACUUUCACCGGCUACUACCCUUGAAAUUGAGACAACAGCAAUGUCGCUGGAAUAUCUUUCCCGGUGCAUCAUGUAACUCCCCUCCAUAUGAUCCUCUCACUGAACUAUAUAUACUUCCUCGAAUCCAAUUUAUAUUUUCAGUCUUUUCCUGAAACAGAAGUUUUGGAGCUAAGGAAAAAAAAAACCAUUUUGGUAAAGCUCUUAAUAAAAGAAAUUGAGAAAAAUGCAUUUGAAGCAUCAGAGAA